CCAUGGUGAUCUUCAAUGGGGUGCUCAAGAUAAAGAUCUGUGAGGCACUGGACCUGAAACCCACCGCCUGGUCAUUAAGACAUGCCGUGGGACAAAAAGCUCAGAGCUUUCUUCUGGACCCAUAUAUCGCUCUCAACGUGGACGACUCACGUGUGGGCCAGACUUCCACCAAGCCAAAGACCAACAGCCCUGCUUGGCAUGACGAGUUCGUUGCCGAGGUGAGAGACGGACGAAAAAUCGAGCUGUCUGUGUUCCACGAUGCGCCCAUCGGGUAUGAUGACUUUGUGGCAAACUGCACCAUCCAGUUCGAUGACCUCCUGCAGAAUGGGAGCAAGCACUUCGAGGACUGGAUAGACUUGGAGCCCGAGGGAAAGGUGUACGUCAUCAUUGACUUGACUGGAUCCUCCAGUGAUGCAGGAGGCUGUAAGAAUGAAGAACGAGUCUUUCGAGAACGUAUGCGGCCCAGGAAAAGGCAAGGAGCAGUGCGAAGACGAGUGCAUCAGGUCAACGGCCACAAGUUUAUGGCUACCUACCUGAAACAGCCAACCUACUGCUCACAUUGCCGUGAAUUCAUUUGGGGUGUUUUAGGUAAACAAGGAUAUCAGUGUCAAGUGUGCACAUGUGUAGUCCACAAACGCUGCCAUGAGCUCAUCAUAACAAAGUGUGCUGGACUGAAGAAGCAGGAGGACACACCUGAGGAGGUGGGCUCUCAGCGCUUCAGUGUGAACAUUCCCCAUAAAUUCAGGAUUCAUAAUUACAAAGUUCCUACUUUCUGUGACCACUGCGGCUCUCUGCUCUGGGGGUUUUUAAGGCAAGGAUUGCAGUGCAAAGUGUGUAAGAUGAACGUUCACAGACGCUGUGAAAGUAACGUAGCUCCUAACUGUGGUGUGAAUGCACGAGGCAUCGCCAAAGUGCUGUCUGACCUUGGGGUGACUCCCGAUAAGAUCUUCAGCAGCACACAGAGGAGGAAAAAGAUCAGUCAAGGGGGAGACCCUCAGCCUUUGCCAAUAUCUACAAACACAGAGGACGAUCGUUCCAGAUCAGCCCCUACCUCACCAUGUGACCAGGAUAUGAAGGAUCUGGAGAACAUCAGAAAGGCGCUUUCUUUCGAUCACCGCGGCAAUGAUAUUAAAGCAGAGUCGGCUUUGACCCCUGACGAGGAUGGUUCAGGGGAGACAAGGGAAGGACGGCAGAAUGGGGAGGUGAAGACGCCACAGUGUAAAAAAAUGAAUCUAGAAGACUUCAGCUUCAUCAAAGUGCUCGGCAAAGGCAGCUUUGGCAAGGUGAUGCUGGCUGAGCUCAGGGGUACAGAUGAGGUCUAUGCAGUGAAGGUGCUGAAGAAAGAUGUGAUUCUGCAGGAUGAUGAUGUAGACUGCACUCUGACUGAGAAACGCAUCCUGGCUUUGGCCAGAAAACACCCUUACCUGACCCAGCUCUUCUGCUGCUUCCAAACCAAGGAUCGCCUGUUCUUUGUUAUGGAAUAUGUGAAUGGAGGGGACCUGAUGUUCCAGAUCCAGCGCUCACGUAAAUUCGAUGAAGCCCGCUCCCGUUUCUAUGCUGCUGAGGUCACCUCUGCUCUUAUGUUUCUCCAUCGGAACGGCGUCAUUUAUAGAGACCUUAAACUGGAUAAUAUCCUGUUAGAUGCUGAGGGGCACUGCAAGCUCGCUGACUUUGGCAUGUGCAAAGAGGGCAUUCUGGAUGGCAUUACGACUACCACAUUCUGUGGUACACCUGACUACAUUGCACCUGAGAUCCUGCAGGAGCUGGAGUAUGGUCCAUCAGUGGACUGGUGGGCACUGGGUGUGCUGAUGUACGAAAUGAUGGCUGGCCAGCCACCGUUUGAGGCAGAUAAUGAGGACGACCUGUUUGAAUCUAUCCUGCAUGAUGACGUUCUUUAUCCAGUGUGGCUCAGCAAAGAGGCUGUUAGCAUCCUCAGAGCGUUCAUGACAAAGAGCCCCAGUAAGCGACUCGGCUGUGUGGCCUCCCAGGGCCUGGAGGAAGCCAUUAAAGUGCAUCAAUUUUUUAAAGAAAUUGACUGGGUGCUGCUAGAACAGAGGAAAAUCAAGCCACCUUUUAAACCACGCAUUAAAACCAAGCGGGACGUCAAUAACUUUGACCAGGAUUUCACACGAGAGGAGCCGGUACUCACGCCAGUAGAUGACGCCAUCAUUAAACAGAUCAACCAGGAUGAGUUUAAAGGCUUUUCCUACUUCGGUGAAGAGACUUAGUCCAUGAACUGAUCGCUUGCAUCCCAUGUUCUACUGCAUCUGCCUUUCUAACAUCCUUUAAGAACUGAAGACCAACUACAGUAUGAGUCUGGUUAAAGGCUGCUCACAUAGUUUGUCUUGUUUAAGGUCACUAAUUCAAGGUUUUGUUUUAAUUUUGGAGAAGAGUAUGUGCAACUUUUUCUGCUUAGCAAGCAUACACAAUCCAGUGGAGGAAUGGCUGCAAGUAGAGCAGCUACUUAAAGAGAAGUCAAGUGUUUAUUUUUGAAUUAGCUUGAAUGAUAACUAUACUAACAAUUGAAAGCGGUUUAAAUUGUAAUGUAAUCUAGUGUGUACACACCCUCAGACCAUUCUCACCUAUUUCAUAUCCACUCCACUGCUGUAAGAUCUGAUGCUGUAGACAUCUUAUGAACUCGUCUGUUUUGUAGCCCAUCCCUAUUGCAAUCUGGUAAAAAAAACAAGUGUAGGUAAACUAUGAUUGUGUUCAAAAUGUGUAGCUUGUUACUUUGCUUUGAAUUCAGGGUAUUUACUCUAAAAGAAACCCACCACUGGUGUUUUUCCUGUGAUCUCCCAUAAUCAGUGGGGUAUUUAACGACGGGUCUUUUUUGUUUAUGUUUUUUGGUUUAGAUCAUUACAGUAAUGAAAUACAGUACAGAAAACAGUGUUGUCCUUAA